CAGCCCCUUCAGUUAACAGUGGGGACCCUAUUCCAGCCACGACCCUACCUAGAUCUCCUUUCUUCCCUUCUCAGACUGACCAUAACUGCCCCAAAUUCCCCCAGUCUUUCUCAUGACUUACGGAAAUGCUUUAACUGAGAAUCCAAUUCCACUCUAGCCACCCCAAACUCUCAUUCACCAAGCCUCCUCCCUAGGAGAAACCUAAGCCCCGCCCCUCAGGGGCGUUGCCUCUGGUCUCCUGGAUCUUCUCCCCUAGCACUCCUUCCUCCUCACUUGUUCACAGCGGGCUAAGCUCAUCCAAGUUUAAUCUAGACUGAAGAGAGCACCCUUUAUUCUUAUCCUCUCUGGUUUGAGGUUUUGUCUCCGUUUCUUGGAAUGAAAUUGUGAGAAUCGAUAGGAGGCUUAGGGUGUGUUUGAAUUGGUACCACAUAACCAGGAACCAAGGACCAGGCAGGGGUGGGAUCUUGAAAGCUGAAAGGAAUUCCCUGCUUCUUUUGUGGAGAUCUUGGAAGUAAGAGCUCAGAUUUGUUGAAUUGUAAGGCUGGAGGAAGUGCCCCUGGAGGUGCUGAGACAGAGGGAGUCCAAGUGGCUGGAUAUGUUCAACAACUGGGACAAAUGGAUGGCCAAGAAGCAUAAAAAGAUCCGCCUGCGGUGUCAGAAGGGCAUCCCGCCUUCUCUGAGGGGCCGGGCUUGGGAGUACCUGUCUGGAGGCAAGGUAAAGCUGCAUCAGAAUCCUGGCAAGUUUAAGGAGCUGGACCUGUCUCCUGGGGACCCCAAAUGGCUGGAUGUGAUUGAGCGCGACCUGCACCGGCAGUUCCCUUUCCAUGAGAUGUUUGUGUCCCGAGGAGGCCACGGCCAACAGGACCUGUUCCGUGUGCUGAAGGCCUACACGCUGUACCGGCCUGAGGAGGGCUACUGCCAGGCCCAGGCACCCAUUGCUGCCGUGUUGCUCAUGCACAUGCCUGCUGAGCAAGCCUUCUGGUGUCUGGUACAGAUCUGUGAGAAGUACCUGCCUGGCUACUACAGUGAGAAACUGGAGGCGAUCCAGCUGGAUGGCGAGAUUCUCUUCUCCCUGCUGCAGAAGGUGUCGCCUGUCGCCCACAAACACCUCAGCCGGCAGAAGAUCGACCCCCUGCUGUACAUGACAGAGUGGUUCAUGUGCGCCUUUGCCCGCACCCUGCCCUGGAGUUCCGUGCUGCGUGUCUGGGACAUGUUCUUCUGUGAAGGCGUCAAGAUCAUCUUCCGAGUGGGGCUGGUGCUGCUGAAGCACGCGCUGGGCUCCCCCGAGAAGCUCAAAGCCUGCCAGGGCCAGUACGAGACCAUCGAGCGGCUGCGGAGCCUCAGCCCCAAGAUUAUGCAGGAGGCCUUCCUGGUCCAGGAGGUGGUUGAGUUGCCUGUGACAGAACGCCAGAUCGAGCGGGAACACCUCAUCCAGCUGAGGCGCUGGCAGGAGACCCGGGGAGAGCUGCAGUGUCGAUCACCACCGAGGCUGCACGGCGCCAAGGCCAUCCUGGAGGCAGAGCCUGGCCCCCGCCCCGCCCUGCAGCCCUCACCCUCCAUCCGCCUGCCCCCAGAUGCCCCCUUUCCCAACUCCAAAGCCAAGCCACUCAAGCAGGGCCAGAAAGAGCAGCGGAAGCAGCUGAAGGCAAGGGGGCAGCUGGACAAGGCCCCAGCCCCCAGUCAGGACACGGUGACUGCUGCAGGGGAUGCACGUCCCCCACAGGAAGUGCCCUCAAAGCACCCCACCUCCCAGAACCUGACCCCUCAGGACUCUGCUCCCCAGGACUUAGUCUACCGCCGGUCCCAGGAGAGCCUGACUUCCCAGGAGAGUGAAGACACAUACUUGUAACCCUGGCAGCUCAGACCUCCAGCAUGGGGUCUCCGCACACAUGGUUCGAAGACUGACACUCCACGCCUUUCUUGCCUGCUUGGCCACCAGGCCAGGACAGACUCUGGUUGGCCCAGCAGAUUCUGCCUGAGUCUCCUUAUUUAUUUUCUCUAUAGAGUGGAGCUCCGGUGGCCUAGCCAACACAGGCAGAACUAGGGCCAAGUGGAUGGGGCCUCACUCAGCCCCUCCUCCUGGGGUAGGGGUGCUCCCCAGCACUAGUGUGCUGGCUUGAAGGGGGCCAUGGGGGUCCUCUUUGUGUAAAAUAGAAAUAUGAUUUUGUACAGAAAUAAACACGCUUAUGUAGA